AUGGCCUUCAGGUCCUCGCCUUCGCGCUCGAUAUUCAAGAAAAAGUCGUCGCCGUCGUUGGCACCGAUGACCUCGGCCGCUUCGUACCUGUCGGCCUUGUCAGAGGCCGAUGCUCGAGCACGAGGUCUGUCCAAGUCGCCUACUUCGACGCCCGCUCUUUCCUUGUCAUCCUCUAUUACCGAAUCAUCAGAAGACACGGUCCUAAACGAACUAGACGACGAUAAUCGCGACGGUCUCCUUUUUCCUUCAUGCGCACCCACGUCUGAACAGGUUUUCACCACGGUUCAUACUGAAUUCGGACAUUGCUCCAACGAGGAUUACCGAUAUGUUUCGCAGCACAUUCCUGGCGCCACGCUAGAAGUCGUUGAGAAAGAUCCGCCCUACUACAUCCUUCUCACCACCUAUAUCAGCUAUCUCAUCUUGAUUUGCGUUGGACACGUCCGCGACUUCAUCGGCAAACGCAUUUACCCUGGAGCUUACAAACACCUAAUGCCGCAUAAUGGUUUGGCACCACUCACCUCGGAUUUCGACUCGUUUUACACCCGCAGACUGAAACAACGGCUUGCUGAAUGUUUCGCGCAACCAGUAACAGGGGUAGCGGGCCGAACCAUUGUCUGCUUGGACCGUUUCUCUCCAGAUUUCGGACAAUCUUAUAUCCUCACAGGCGGCCGAACCCGUGCCCUCAACAUUUCGUCAUACAAUUACCUUGGUUUUGCACAGGGACGAGGUGGCUGCGCGGACGCCGUAGAAGAAUCCAUCAGACAAUAUGGAGUAUCUACUCUAGGUGCUCGUAUGGAGGGAGGCUCUUGUGAUCUGCACGUUAUGACGGAGGCCCUUGUCGCCCGUUUUGUUGGCAUGGAGGAUGCUCUGAUUAGCUCCAUGGGCUUUGCCACCAACUCUACGUUUAUCCCGGCACUCGUGGACAAGGGCUGCCUCGUUAUCAGCGAUGAACUCAAUCACGCAUCCAUACGGUUCGGAGUUCGUCUCAGCGGUGCCAGUGUCCGGAUGUUCAAGCAUAACGACAUGAAGAGUUUAGAAUCCUUACUCCGGGAAUCCAUUAGUCAAGGACAGCCCAAGACCCACAGACCAUGGAAGAAAAUCUUAUUGAUUGUCGAGGGCCUAUACAGUAUGGAAGGCACACUGCUAAAUCUUCCCGCUAUCUUAGCGCUCAAGAAGAAAUACAAGUUCUAUGUUUUCAUUGAUGAAGCUCAUUCCAUCGGCGCGCUUGGUCCCCAUGGCCGCGGUGUUCACGACUAUUUUAACGUCAAUCCCCGUGACAUCGACAUCUUGAUGGGGACGUUCACGAAAUCGUUUGGGGCUGCCGGCGGGUACAUUGCGGGAAACAAGAACUUGAUCGACAGGCUGCGCCUCCACGGACAUUCGGGACCGUAUGCUGAAGCCAUGACACCUCCGGUGUUAACGCAGGUCAUUGCAAGUAUGGCCAGCAUCAUGGGGAUUGGAUUACCGUCGUCCCUAUCGCACCCGACACGCACGCUAUAUUCAGCUGACGGCGAGGCCUUCCAGCAUCCAGGCCCCGCUGCUCCCGCGAUGUUGCCUUCUUGGAUCAACUUACCUCCUGCACUCGCGUCUGGACAGGAAGGUGAAACACGGUUACGCCGCCUCGCCUUUAACUCGCGUUACCUGGCGCUCGGUCUCAUCAAGCUGGGCUUCAUUACGUAUGGAGACCCAUCGUCCCCGAUUGUCCCCCUGCUUCUAUUCCACCCUGGCAAGAUGAACCUCUUCCAUACCCUGAUGAAGAACCGACAAACACCUAUCGUCGUUGUCGUCGUUGCGUACCCUGCCACGGAUCUCGUCACCAGUCGCGUUAGGUUCUGCGUGAGCGCGUCCCACACUAAGGAAGAUAUCGAUGUCGUUUUGAGGGCCUGCGACGAGAUCGGGGACGUCCUCGACCUCAAGCUUGGCAUCAGACCGUCAGAGAGGUGGACAGUAGAUGAAAUCAUAGAGCGAGCCGUCGAGCUGGUCAAGUCCUAG